AUGGCUGUGCAAGUGGUAAUGCGAAUUUCUUUCUUUCUUCUCCUGACCACCUAUGAGUUAGCAGAAGCUGCAGCACCUAUAGCAAAACCCAAUUGUUCUGAUAGCUGUGGAGAUAUUUACAUUCCAUACCCGUUUGGAAAGACUACCGAAUGUUACUUGAAUUACUGGUUCAAAAUUGUUUGCAAUGAAACUGGCGGCUCUCUUAAAGCAUUCCUACCCAGCAUUGGCAUGGAGGUCCUGGAAAUCAAUCUUACUCAUUAUUAUUUUUGGAAUGAUCCGGGACUCGUUCGAGUCAAUAUGCCAAUUAUUUCUUCCAACUGUAAGAAUAGGAGUUCCAGCCAUAUUGGUGGUGUGAAUAUCUCAGGUGGUCCUUUUUUCUUCUCAUCUUAUCGGGAUAGAUUCAUUUCAGUUGGUUGCGACAACUUCGCCAUGAUGACCGGCAUCAAUCCUAUGUGGCGGUUGGAUGCAAAUCGAAUUGCGUUGAUAAAAGCAUGA